GCUCUUUAACUUGACUUUAGAUGAUAACAGCUCGUAUAAAUUAUUCAAAAUUAUUGUGAAAUAAAUGGUACAAGAAAUUUAAUUUACACAUGUGUUAGCACUUAUUUUAGUGUAUAACGAUUGUUGAACUUCGUAGGAUACGAAGAAGACACAAACGUCGAAAGGGUUCAGAGUUCAGAGUUCAGAUAGAGACUGUACGUUCCGUGUAGCACCAUUUUUCAGGUUUACAUUUUACGUUUCUGUGCUUCUCAUACUUUUCACAGAGUCUGUGUCGCACUCACUGGUUUUCCCCCUAAUAGUAGGUAAACAGAGCACUGGAACCGAGAGGCAAGGUACGUUACUGGUGUGUACGUGCACGUAUGUCCCCGAUGGCUCUAUCCGUGCAUUAGGCGGACUCUAGCCGAGGAAACGGCGGAGCAGGGAAUGCGAAAAGUGGUGGGAGUCGACGAGUGGUAAAGGUGGGGAAGUAGGAGGUAGUGGCGGCUGCGCCGGGUAUCCGGCCAGGGUCCCGAAGAUGAGGAGAGAGAGAGAAAGAGAAGGCGAAUGGAAUGGAAAUGCAGUCAGGUUAGCCUGAGCAACCGCGCGAGAGGCUAGGGACGAGGCAAGCGAUUUAGCUGCUGCUGGUUCGGCAAGCCACGAGUCGGAUCGCCCGAGAGAGCAGCCGGAGGUCCCGUUGGCCGUUGCCUGCACCGGGGAGAGGCGUCAUGAAAGCCCGCCAGUUGACCAAGUCUCUCGUAUUUACCGUCGCUGAUCCUGCCUAGCCUCUCGUGUUCAGGAUCCUUGGCUCGUCCACGGAAUACGGUGUGACCCGUGAAAAGUGACAAAGUGUGUGCGUGUGCGUGUGCGUCCUGUCAGUCGAAAGUACGAACGUUGCACCUUUCGCGAGGAUAUUGAAUCGGUGAAGGGGGACGAUGUGUUUUGGUCUCUUGUAACAGUAUUAUCACGUUGCAUUCCGGAUACACAGAGAGAAGAGAGGAACUGGGUGAAUGAAGUGUACCUGGAGUCGUAAGACUGUUUUCUGUGGCGUUCGAUGGAGUUGCCCGUGAUCUUGUCAGCGAUCCAACGCGUUUUGACGUUCCGCUAGACAGGGGGACCCCUCGUAGUCAUGACGGAAGGAGGAACCCCCGGGAGGCUGACGCGACGAAACGGGAGCACGUAAUCCCGCGAGGAGGCUCGAGAUGAUAUCGUGGAACGUGUCUGUGGGAACACGUGCGCCGUUUUGCGACAUUCCGUGGAGCAGAGGGCAGGAAAAGGGGGAAAAGUGAGUGAUAUGGCAACCGAUGUUCCUCCGCGGUUCCGUCGCGCUGGCCACUGUUAUUAUCGACACCGCUGUACCCGCGAAUCGGUCGAACAGGUGUUGUUGCAAGGUGUCCAGGGUGGGAUACGUGAUUUCUCGUGAUACGAGGCACGCGGAGGGAGUCCCAGUGUCGUCGAUCGAUCGAGAGACAAGCAGUCGGCGUACCUCGCGCGCAUUCUUAGCGACCGAAAGUGAGAUACGGGUGCCGGAGGUGUGAAAAAAAGUAGGCCGUAGAGGUGAAAGGGUGGACGGAGACGACGGGGAAUCGUCGACGUAGGAUUUUGUUUUUGCAACGUUCGUUCGAUGAUUCCGUCGAGGAUGAAGAGCGAGGCUAUCGAUUCACCGCGGCCGAUAUCCAGGUUUUGCGCCACUCUUCUUCUGCUCCUGACACUCCUCGCUGAGGUCACGUAUUCGGCUGACCUGGCAAUCGAGAUACCAGGAAACCUGAGCCAGGGUGGUUCCUGGUAUCGUUUAGAUUACAGCCCCGAUGUUGGUUAUCCAGAACCAAACACCACGAUAGCCGCCACCGACAUAGGCGACGUCAUAACGUUCAAGAACGGUCUUCCUGGCACUAGAUACGAAUUUUGGUUGUAUUACAGUAACAGCACUCUUCAUGAUUGGCUCACGUGGACAGCCUCCAUUGUCACAGCACCGGAUCCUCCCUCGAACCUCACCGUCUCGGUGCGAAAUGGAAAGACUGCGGUGGUCUAUUGGGCGCCGCCAGCCCAGGGCAAUUAUUCCGGCUUCCGGCUGAGGGUGCAGAGCUUCAGCGACACCGGAAACCCAAAAACAAGCGUCAUCCCCGCGGAUGCUGUCCCCUACGUUCUACGAGACCUCAUCCCCGGCGCCACCUAUUCUCUCCAACUCUUCACCGUGUUGGACACCAAAGAAAGCGUCGCUUACACCAGCAGGAACUUCACCACAAAGCCAAAUACACCUGGGAAGUUCAUCGUAUGGUUCAGAAACGAAACGACUUUAUUGGUCCUCUGGCAGCCGCCCUAUCCCGCCGGGAUUUACACCCAUUAUAAAGUUAGUAUAGACCCUGCUGAUGCCAUAGAAUCGGUUCUUUACGUGGAGAAGGAAGGGGAGCCCCCUGGGCCUGCGCAGGCUGCCUUCAAAGGACUCGUUCCUGGGAGAGCCUACAAUAUUUCUGUGCAAACUGUGUCUGAGGAUGAGACCUCAGCCCCCACAACGGCUCAGUAUCGAACUGUGCCAUUGCGACCCCUGAACGUCACCUUUGACAAAUCUUCGAUAACGUCCACCUCGUUUCGAGUCUUUUGGAACCCCCCAGAAGGGAUGUCUGAGUUCGAUAAGUAUCAGAUAUCUUUGGGGGGCAACCGCAGAGUGGCGCCAGUCACAAGAAAUCGAGAUGACGAGAACAAAUGGGAGUCGAAGGACCUGGAGCCUGGGAAGACUUAUCAGGUUGUCGUGAAGACAGUGUCUGGGAAGGUUACCAGCUGGCCAGCUAGCGGGGAUAUUACUUUGAAACCGUUACCUGUACGUGAUCUUCGAGCUGUUACUGAUGAGAAAACCAAUAUGGUGGAAGUUUCUUGGCUUCCUGAAAAUUCUAGCACUCAGGACAGUUACAAGCUGCAGUAUCACGAAGUGGAGACGACGAUUGGUGGAGAUAGCAACACGUUAACUACUGAUAAGACUAAAGUCACUUUGGAGGCUCUGCUACCAGGGAGGAAUUACUCCAUAAUCGUGCAAGCAAUUAGCAACAAAGUAGAGUCAAACGAGACUGUUCUGUACCAAGUAACCCGACCUUCCAGUCCAAUAAUCGAGGAUUUGAAGCCCAUCGAGAUGGGGUUGAACAUCUCCUGGAAAAGCGACGUGAAUUCCAGGCAAGAGAAGUUCGAAGUAACGCACAACAGAAACGACACUGGUGAGAGCGCCACGACGUUGACCACGGAAUCUCACAUUGUCUUGGAGGACCUCUACCCUGGUGCAGCGUACGAGGUCAAAGUCUUCGCGAUCAGCCAUGGCCUAAGCAGCGAACCACACGACUAUUUCCAAGCAGUUUUACCCCAUCCGCCUAAAAACUUGACUAUUGAGAAAGUAACGAGCAACACUGUUGUUGUCCAUUGGGAAGCUCCGACGGAUUCGUUGUAUUCAGAAUUCCCGAUCAGAUAUCGAACGGAGGACGAUCCGAGGUGGGUGAAACUGCCCAGCUUUCGGGUGACGGAAGCGGAAGUGGCGGACAUGACGCCUGGGGAGAAGUACACGAUUCAAGUGAACACUAUGAGCUACGGAGUUGAGAGCCUUUUUCCUCUGCAAGUCAACCAUACAGUUCGCCCAAAUCCCGUACUCAACAUCACUCCAAUCAUCGACUCGACGAACGUGACGCUGGAAUGGCCUAGACCAGAGGGUAGAAUCGAGACCUACGUGAUAAGAUGGUGGCCAGUCGAGAACAUCGAAGACGUUCGGACCAAGAACGUCACAGAAAGCAACGAUGUUUCCAGCAUAGGUUACGAAGAGAACUCUGUGCAAAAGGUUCUAGUGAGCGAUCUGAUGCCUGGUGUUCAGUACACCUUCCUCAUCUACACGGUGUCCUACGAUCUAGUCAGCGAAGUGACCAAUCUGACCACCAGGACAAUGCCUCUCAUUCAAUCGGAAGUCGUUGUGGUGGUCAGUCGAGAUCAGCCGGAUUCCUUAACGUUGAGGUACACGUCCACGCCCAUCCAGUCGUCGAUUUUCGAUUUGUAUCGGUUCCGGAUUAGCGACGAGAACAACACCACGAAGGAACGACUGGUAGACGACACCGACAAUAAGGUCACGUUCAAUGGCCUAACACCUGGCAAACUCUACAACGUGACCGUUUGGACCGUCAGCGAUAACGUCGAGAGCAGACCUCUUCUUAGGCAGGAUCGACUUUAUCCUGAGCCAAUCACAGCUAUCCAGACAAUAGACAUCAACGACACAAAAAUAACCCUAACUUGGGACAUUCCUCGAGGACAGUACGAUUCGUUCGAAGUUCAAUACAUUAAUACAGAUGGGAAUUACAUUCAAAAUAUAACGUCGAUUAAUCAGAUAACUAUAUCAGAUUUGAAGCCUUAUAGAAAUUACACCUUCACGCUGGUCGUUCGAUCAGGUACAGCGUCUUCGUAUCUCAGAGUUUCGAAUCCACUCAGCGCCAGUUUCACAACGAGCGAAUCUUACCCUGGAAAAGUGGAGAAGUUUCAUCCCACGGACAUUCAACCCAGUAAUAUAAGUUUUGAGUGGUCUUUGCCUGGUCAAAAGCAAAAUGGAAUCAUCAGGAAAUACACUAUCACGUAUGGGUUGGAAGGUUCGACCCACACUCAGAUGCAAGACUUCAGGUCAAACGAGUACCGUGGCGUGAUAAAAUCUCUCAUACCUGGAAAGACGUAUAUAUUUCGUAUUCAGGCCCAAACGAAAAUCGGUUUUGGGCCUGAGGCCGUUUGGAAACAGAAAAUGCCGAUUCUAGCACCGCCCAAACCACCGACUCAAGUUGUACCGACGGAGGUCUGCAAGAGCAGCACCACGAUUCAAAUACGAUUCAGGAAGCAUUACUUCACGGAGGAAAAUGGCGCCGUGACGUCUUACACGAUCAUCGUCGCUGAGGAUGACAGCAAGAACGCCUCUGGCUUGGAGAUGCCCAGCUGGAAGGAUGUUCAAGCGUACAGCAUCUGGCCUCCCUAUCAGGCGAUGGAGCCUUACUAUCCGUUCAAAAAUGGCUCGGUGGAGGAUUUCACGAUCGGUAGCGAAAAUUGCGACGGGAAAAGCGUGUAUUGCAAUGGACCAUUGAAGUCUGGCUCCACUUACAGGGUCAAAGUUCGAGCAUUCACUGCGCCUGACAAAUUCACGGACACCAGUUACAGUUUUCCGAUCCAAACAGAUAAGGACAACACGGCCAUAAUAGUUGGUGUCACGGUUCCAAUAGUGCUUCUGCUGGCUUUGUUGGGCAUUGGGCUGCUGGUGAGGAGAAGAAGGAGUCAGGGUCGCAAAACGACAGAAACUAGAACCAGCGAUAAUUUAUCCCUACCUGACAGUGUCAUUGAAACCAGUCGACCAAUAAAGAUCGAAGACUUUGCAGAGCAUUAUCGAACUAUGUCAGCGGACUCUGACUUCCGGUUCUCGGAGGAAUUCGAAGAAUUAAAGCACGUUGGAAGAGAUCAGCCUUGCACAGCUGCGGAUUUACCGUGCAAUAGGCCAAAGAAUCGUUUCACCAAUAUUUUACCCUACGACCACAGUAGAUUCAAGCUACAACCUGUGGACGAUGAAGAGGGUUCUGACUAUAUAAACGCCAAUUACGUUCCUGGCCACAAUUCUCCAAGAGAAUUCAUUGUCACCCAAGGACCCCUGCAUUCGACGCGAGACGACUUCUGGCGGACAGUUUGGGAGAGCAACAGUCGAGCCAUAGUGAUGCUAACGAGGUGUAUCGAGAAGGGCAGAGAAAAAUGCGAUCACUACUGGCCCAUGGACACCCUACCCGUCUACUAUGGCGACAUCUGCGUCACCAUAUUGAACGAGACACGCUACCCCGACUGGAGCAUCACGGAGUUCAUGUUGUGCAGAGGGGACGUCAAGAGAGUCAUCCAGCACUUCCACUUCACAACCUGGCCUGAUUUCGGUGUUCCAAGUCCGCCUCAGACCCUAGCUAGAUUCGUCAGAGCCUUCAGAGAGAGAGUCAGGCCCGACCAAAGGCCAAUAGUUGUACAUUGUAGCGCUGGAGUAGGUCGUAGCGGGACCUUCAUCACUUUGGACAGAAUACUCCAACAAAUAUUGGUGUCCAAGUACGUGGACAUCUUUGGAAUAGUCUGGGCGAUGAGGAAAGAGCGCGUUUGGAUGGUCCAGACCGAGCAACAGUACAUCUGCAUACACCAGUGCCUCCUGGCGGUUCUGGAGGGCCAGGACACCACUGGACCACCUCGAGAGAUCCACGACAAUCAAGGAUUCGAAGGCAAGAAUCGAAGCGCGGUUGAAAGCACAAAGACCACGGCCGAAGAUGAAAAGGAAAGGUGACCUUCGAACUGCGAAUCAUGCGCUGAUGACGACGAAGGGAUAGCGGAAUCGGGGAUGUGAUGUUCGAACAUCUCGUUGAAUUCAGGGAUCAACGAUUGAGAGGAACUCUUAGGUAUUGAAUGGGUGCAGUGCGCCAGGAAAAAAAAUAGUAUUACAAGUGAUAAAAUACGAUCAAAAUGUUGAAAGUGGAAAUUAACAGUUUACCGACCGAUAGCCUGUUAAUCGACUGUUUUACCGGCCAACGCUUACCGACCGAUAGCCUAUUAAUCAACUGUUUUAUCGGCCGACGCUUACCGACCGAUAGCCGAUUAAUUAAAUCGCUACCGGUCGGUAAAGUGUUAAGACGAUGUAGAAUCAUCCACGAAAGUGUUCGACGGUGACUUUUUCCAGCAAAAAGUGUUUUUUCAAAACGAAACGACAAACUAGUUAGCUUUUUCACGAUGGACAAUACACACAAGUGAUAUGAUUUUAGUUCCCUUUUUAUAAAAUGUUUCGCGGCGAUACGCGAGAUGGACGUUUGUUUAAAGUUUCGACGAACAAAUAAUACGGAGGAGCGUUCAAGAUCGCCUCGAAAAUCAACAGUUUUCGACAAUAAUUCGAACGUACGAAAAAUUGUCGACCACCAAGAAGAGACUUACCCCUAUCGUUUCCACAAUAGCAUAUUUUAAUCGUUCAUGUAACCUACGAUGGAAGAAUUUUGUGAACCAAGCUAUUCGAGGAUAAUUGCUACAGCCAGAGACGAACAAAGACGUUUGGAAAGAACAAUGAUUGUAUUUCGAGAGAGAAAAAUAACGAUGAAAUUCGACUGGAUGGAAUUAGAGGGGCGAAAGUUCGAAUUCUCGAACGAGACGAAUCGAUUCGAAUUUACCACAACGGCGAAGAUUAAUAAUUUUCUUACUUUUCACAGAUUGUUUACAUAUCGAGAGAGAGAGAGAGUAUGAGUAUGAGAAUAAUUGGUGUUUCGGGGCGUGGAGACGGAGAGCUUCCCAUGCUCGCCGCUAGAGGGAUCCGCGCUCUCACAAGCGCUCGAUCCACGGUUGAUAUUAACGCUAGAACUACUAUAGUGUAUUUAUUUUCAAGAGAAAUUGACACGAUAUGUGCUUGGAGAAACGUAUAAUACAAUUUCAGUUGAAUAAUUUCUAUAAUAAAAUAAUAAUUUUUCAGUUAAUAAUUCACAAUUUUUAUUAGAAUCUUCGAAUCGAUUAUUUUGAGUAUUUUGGUAGUUCUGGUGUUGAGUAGUGAGAUUGGUAAUCCCGAUGUGAUUAAUGUGGCGUCGCCUCCCAAGCUCGCCGCUAGAGGGACUGCAUUCUCACAAGCGCUCGAUCCACGGUUGAUAUUAACGCUAGAACUACUAUAGUGUAUUUAUUUUCAAGAGAAAUUGACACGAUAUGUGCUUGGAGAAACGUAUAAUACAAUUUCAGUUGAAUAAUUUCUAUAAUAAAAUAAUAAUUUUUCAGUUAAUAAUUCACAAUUUUUAUUAGAAUCUUCGAAUCGAUUAUUUUGAGUAUUUUGGUAGUUCUGGUGUUGAGUCGUGAGGUUGGUAACCCCGAUGUGAUUAAUGUGGCGUCGCCUCCCAAGCUCGCCGCUAGAGGGACUGCAUUCUCACAAGCGCUCGAUCCACGGUUGAUAUUAACGCUAGAACUACUAUAGUGUAUUUAUUUUCAAGAGAAAUUGACACGAUAUGUGCUUGGAGAAACGUAUAAUACAAUUUCAGUUGAAUAAUUUCUAUAAUAAAAUAAUAAUUUUUCAGUUAAUAAUUCACAAUUUUUAUUAGAAUCUUCGAAUCGAUUAUUUUGAGUAUUUUGGUAGUUCUGGUGUUGAGUAGUGAGAUUGGUAAUCCCGAUGUGAUUAAUGUGGCGUAGCUUCCCAAGUUCACCGCUAGAGGGACUGCAGUCUCACAAGCGCUCGACUCACGGUUGAUAUUAACGCUAGAACUACCGAUAAUUAUAGUGUAUUUAUUUACAUCGAGAGAAAUUGAAAGGAAUUGUACUUGGAAAAACGAAUAAUGCAAUCUAAUUGAAUAAUUCUUUUACAAUUUUUAUUAGAAAUGAGUCAUUUUGAGUGCUUUGGUAGUUCUGGUGUUGAGUCGUGAGGUUGGUAACCCCGAUGUGAUUAAUAUAGCGUGUCAUCCCAAGCUCAGCAGUCAAUGUUGAUCGAGCGCUUGUGAGAACGCGGAUCCCUCUAGCGGCGAGCUUGGGAAGCAACGCCAGAAAUUUAAUAAGAUUCGUCUGGACUUUGUUACGUGACAUUCUGUACAUAUGAAUCGGCAUUACGACCAUUUCGAGGGUAAUUGUUUCUACGAUGUAGUUAAGUCCAGGUUGCAUAUCUUAAGAAACGUAAGAUUGAGUAUUUCGCAUCGAGUUGCCACAAAUCAAACGUUAGAUUUACAACAAAUCGACAUUAUGCAUAUCGAUUUUCCUAUUACAAAAUUUUUCUGUAAAAUAUUUUACUUUUAUUAACAAAACUGAGCAAAUAAUUUUCAAAAUUUAAAAACUGAUAAAUAACAGUUAUCUUUUGCAUAUCAAUUCCCCCCAAAAACACGUUUUACAAUAAAUGGUAAAUUUUAAGAAAAUUAUUAAAUUAUUUAAUUAUCAAAAAUAAAAUUAACAACAAAUUAUCUCAUUUAUCAAAAUAAAUGCUAAUAAGAACUAAUUCCUAUACACAAAAAAAAAAAAUUUUGAAUAUAAUUGAAAACAAAAAGUGUGUUGAAAUUGUUAUUAAAAAUUGAAGCUAUCAACGUAAAUAACAGUGCAUUAUCAUUUUGUAAAAUUGCUGGAAAUGAUUUCUUAUCCCAGCAACACAUUUUACCUGAUUUUUUAUUUGCUUCAAAUUAAUAAUAAUCAUUUGUAUUUAGAUUAUUGUUUCCUUUUUUUGGUGGUCGAUUUGUUGGUAAUCUGAUCGAAAUUAAAUCGACACUGUCGCGAGUGGCAACUAUCCGUCCAAGGGCCGUAGUAGAGACGCCAGUUAAAUGUUUAAACAUUACAUAGAACGAGAAUGAGAGGGGGACGAAUGAUUGUCUGUCCUCGUUUGUCACGAUAGAAACAUGUCAGUGGGAACAAGAAACUCGCAUCUUCGUAGAAGCCAUAUCACUUUUUCAUGAGAAUCACUUCGAUCCGUGUUAUACAUAUUCAAUAAAUAAUCCGCGCUCGAUUCGACGGAGAUUUGCCUGAAAGAUUGAUUCGUAUCGGUCGUCGUUAACGUUUAGCAAUUUUUCAAACAGGAUUUUUCCAACGCGACAAAGCUCCCAGGAAGCUCCGAAAACUAUAAAAAACAGUCUUCUCAAUCAGAAGUUAGCACGAGGUGAGCAGGUACUGAAACGAACGUAAAAGAUCGAUAAACAAUUGCAAAUUUCUAUUAUUUCCACGGACCAAACGAACGAGAGAGGUUUCUUUCCAGAGAAAAUCGAUUUUUUAAAUGGUUAAAAUGCGUUUCACUUUGGUACCUACGUUUUCUGGCGAACGUUGAACGAUGACAGUUUCAGAACGAGUCCGGAGUUAGUACUUAGAGUCAAGUUUUCUCGACACAAAGACGUGUACUUAAUUUUCUAUUUAAAAAAAAAAAAGUGGAAAGCAUUUAGGCGUUUAAGAAUGAAACCGGUCACUCUCAACAGGGUCAAACGAAUUGUCUCCAUCGAGUUUCCUCCAGGAAGCUUCGAAAAGGACACGAAAAACACACACUGUAUUUUUGGAGAAAUGUUUGUAUAUCGCUUUAAGUAUCUAGAACGGACCUGCACACUUUUAAAUGUUCGUAAUCUGUCGCGAGAACGCGUAGUAUUCGCAUCUCCGCUGUUGCUGGCUGUCCGCUGAUUGGCUCUCGCCGCGAGGACCGCUGCAGGGCGCCGAUUGGUCGCUACAGAGCGCUCUCGACCAAUGAGCGAGUCAGCUGACAGCGACAGGAGUGGAGAUGCCUUCUUCUCGCGGAAGAAUAAUUAAUCUGUCGCGAGAACGCACAGUGUUUGCGUCUCCACUGUUGCUGGCUGCCCGCUGAUUGGCUCUCGCCGCGAGGACCGCUGCAGGGCGCUGAUUGGUCGCUACAGCGCGCUCUCGACCAAUGAGCGAGUCAGCUGACAGCGCCAGGAGUGGAGAUGCCUUCAUCUCGCGGAAGAAUAAUUAAUCUGUCGCGAGAACGCACAGUGUUUGCGUCUCCACUGUUGCUGGCUGCCCGCUGAUUGGCUCUCGCCGCGAGGACCGCUGCAGGGCGCUGAUUGGUCGCUACAGCGCGCUCUCGACCAAUGAGCGAGUCAGCUGACAGCGACAGGAGUGGAGAUGCCUUCUUCUCGCGGAAGAAUAAUACUUGUAUGAGAAACAAUAUUUCUUUUUUAUCGAUCCUUUGAUCCCGCGGUGCUUUCGAUCGUUCCGAAAGGCUUAAGCUUCGAAGUGUAACAAUGUGAAUGUUGACGAAUUUAAAAUUGUACCAGUUUUGUACACGAAUUAACCCCGAGGUCCACGUUUUUCCCCGAUUUUCAUGGAACAGCUUAUAAAAUUAGUCGUGCAUAUUGUAAGGAAUAUUUAAACUGAAUAAUCGCUAUCGUCGAAUAUUUUUAUAACGCUUCGCGGUGAUUCGUGAGGAGGAUAUAUUGAAUAAGGGAAUUGCCAAUCGAUUGCCAAAUAGAGUAUUAUAGAUGGUUAAGGCUUGUAUAAUUACAAUUUCAGAUGUUUUUUCUUGUAAUAGAUCUACGUUGUAAUGAAUAUUGAUAAGAGUUUGUAGGUGUAGUGUAAGGAUCGAGGGAUUAUUAUGUCGCGGGCAAUGGAUCGAUAAAAAGUCGCCUUUGGACAGCUGCAGUUUCCAAUCCAUCGAAUUAAUUUUUUCGUAUAUAGUACGCUGUAUGUGUGUGUGCAUAUACUCUCGAUGUUUCACGCGCAGAUGAUAAUUAUGGCAUCAAGUAAAUCAAAUUUAUUUAUAAAAUGUGUGUUUCUUCGCUGAGUAUAAAAAAUUCAGAGGAAACGUGCAGAUUCUUGUAUGAUAUUUAAUUAUUUGAUUAUUUAAUUUUUGAGAAGCGACUCAGAUUUUUAGUGCAAUAUGGCGAUCGUUCGUUAAUAUUGGGAAGAUUUUUAUUCGCUGAUAAUGUAUAUUCUUAUCGUCACGAUGGAGCAUUUUGGAUUUUUGGGAUGUAUUGAGUUUUUCGAAAUUUGUGAAAUUUAGUAUUUUUAAAAAUUGGUUUAGUGAAGCGGAAUGGUACUUUUAGGGUUUCACAAUUUCAUUUUUGCAUUUUGGAUAUCUGGGAUAUGUUUAUUUGGUUAAAAAUUGUGAAUAUUGAAUUUUGCAAAAUUUAAUAUUUUUAAAAAUUGAUUUUAUCGAAGAGAAAUGGUAUUUUUAGGGUAUCACAAUUUUAUU